AUUCGUAACGGAUGUUCUGAAGAGAUUUCACAGUGUUCUAAGGCACAGCCUUUUCGAACACAGCGGAACAGGAAGUUAUUAAUUCAAGAUGGCCGAAAGUGAUAAUAAUAUUGCCAGCUUUAUCAGUCUUGCCUUGCAGGACCUUAUAGACGAAGAUAUAGACGAUGAAAUGGUUUCCCGGAAGCGUAGCAGAAAGCGUGCCACCAAUACGACAUUUCUUGCUGCAACUUUAAUAGGAACUCAGGCAAUAUUGGUAGGUGAAAAAAAGUCUCGAGUGAGGGGCUAUGUGGAAGAAGUCGUACCUGCCUAUACCGAUGAGGACUUCAGAAGAAUUUUUAGGAUGAAUCGAACAACAUUUUCCUUCCUUCUGGAGCACUUGGAGACUCUACCAGAACUACAGCCAUUGGGUCAUGGUAGAAGAGACCCAAUCAGCAUCCAGAAACAGUUACUUAUUACAUUGUGGUAUGUCGGUGGAACUGAUCCUCAGAGAAAAAUAGCUGAUCGAUUUGGAGUGUCUGAAUCUACAGCUGUAGUGUGUAGGGACAAAAUUAUUUCCGCCUUAAUAGGAAUGAGACAGAACAUAAUAAGGUGGCCCAAUGCCCAGGAAUUGCAAACUGAAGAACAGUUAUUUCAAAGGCGUAAUGGAUUUCCUGGAAUAGUUGGUGCGAUUGAUGGGACGCACAUACAGAUAAAAGCACCGCGAGACCAUCCCCAGAGCUAUGUCAACAGAAAACACUACCAUUCAUUACAACUUCAGUGUGUGUGUAGACACAACAUGUUGUUUAGUCAUGUUUUUACUGGAUAUCCCGGAAGUGUGCAUGAUUCAAGAGUACUCCAGUUAUCAGAUUUAUGGGAAAGUUGUCCAGAUAAAUGUGGUAGAAAUUAUCACAUUCUUGGGGAUGGAGGGUAUCCUUUGCGAAAGUGGCUGUUGACACCAUAUCGUGACAAUGGACACCUUACCCCCAAGCAAAAAAAAUACAACAACUACCAUUCAAGUAACAGAGUUGUUAUUGAAAGGGCUUUCGCAUUAUUGAAAGGUCGUUUUAGGAGACUUCACUAUCUCGACACUGCAUCUAUUUCUACGGCAGUGAAUAUCAUAGUGGCAUGUUGUGUGUUGCACAAUUUCUGCAUUUUAGAGUAUGAUGUACUAGAGGAGAACAUUGAACAGGACUUAGAAGGCGAUGUUGAGAAUGCAAAUGUUCAUUAUGACCAGAAUAGAGACGGAAUCGAUAAGAGAAAUGUUAUUGCCCGAAAUGUGUUGUAA